AUGACUGAUAGAUCACCAAUGGUGAAUCCUUCUGCGCCACCACCACCAUCUUAUGUGCAGGCAACUCCCACUGCCACGACUUCGCUGAAUAACCCAACAGUUGCAGGCAGUAACCCAGGAGAUGCACCUCCACCUUACACACCUACUCCACCAUCAUAUUCCUACUCCCAUAUCCUUCCAGAAUCUGGGCAGAAUUAUCAAAGAUUUGAAACCACAGCAAAUAAUCAAGUGGAAGUGGUAGCCCUUUGUCGUGUCGGCCCAGAACCCUUCCAAGUCCUGUGCCCCAACUGUCGCCAGCUUGUAACAACAGUUACACAUCCUCGUGCUGGGACCUUGACUUUUUUAUCUGCUGGGCUUUGCUUCUUAUUCUGCUUUAUUUGCACGCUCGUGCCAUUUUGCAUCGAAGAUCUUCAAGAUGUUGAACAUCGCUGUCCAAAUUGCAACUUUCAUCUUGGCACAUAUACAAGGUUGUAA